AUUUGUGGGCAUUUUCAUUUCCUUCCCGCAAUCUACACCCAUUUCCCACUUCUGCAACUUCCUACCACUGUCUCUGCCCCCAUCAAUCUCUCGAAAACUGGGACUAAACCGAUAGAGCCACCGAAAAUCUUCAAAACCCAGUUCAAUUUCAAUCCAUGGCUGAACAUCCUGAUGAUUUACACGAACUUCUUGACAGUGCUUUGGACGAUUUUCAGAAAUUCGACCUCAAUCAUUCCGUUUCGAGAAGUGGAGAUGGGGCGGAGAGUAGAGCGGCUCCCCCUUCUGGGGUUCAAGGUUUAGGGAUGGGAUUGCCUGACUUGAGGAGCAAGAAAAAGGGGAAGCAGAAGGUUUCGAAGGAAUCGCAUGUCUCCGAGUCUCUGGAUAAACUCAGAGAGCAGACUAGAGAGGCCGUCAAGGGACUUGAAUCGGUGACUGCUCCUAAACCUGGUGGUGACGAUUUUGGUAAAGAUGCUAUGAUGGAAGAUUGGGUGAAGCAGUUCGAGGAGAUGACUGGCACUCAGGAUAUGGGAUCCCUUGUUGAGACCAUGAUGCAACAACUUCUCUCCAAGGAGAUCCUCCAUGAACCAAUGAAGGAAAUAGGAGAAAGAUAUCCUAAGUGGUUGGAGGAGCAUAAAGCGAGUUUGAGCAAGGAAGAAUACGAACGCUAUUCUCACCAAUAUGAACUGAUAAAAGAUCUCAACGUUGUGUACGAAAAUGAACCCAAUAACUUCAGUAAAAUUGUUGAGCUCAUGCAGAAAAUGCAAGAAUGUGGUCAGCCACCAAAUGAUAUUGUGCAAGAGCUUGCACCCGAUGUCGAUUUCGCUAAUCUUGCACAACUAUCUCCAGAGAUGUUAGAGUCUCAGACAAAUUGUUGUAUAAUGUGAGGUAAAGUGCUUUUGGAUGCUCUGAUUUGUGCUGCUUCUUUCCAUUUUAUUCUCAAAUUUGCUUAGAAAUAUUAUGGUCUCUAAGAAAUUACUUUGUCCAAUAAUCAUUGUGUUCAAUUUCAAUGUUCAGUUGUAGUUUAGUGUUAUAAUCCUUUUAUCAUCAAUAGGGAGAUGGAUCAAUCUUAGAUUCUGGGAUAGUAUCUGAAGUGGUCUCUACCAAAUAAAAAACAGAUUCUACA